UAACGUUUUAUAACAUUUAACCGAAAAUCGGUCAACAUAAGCUGAUUAGUAAUUACACAAACAUUUUUAUAAUUUUUGAUGAGAGAAAUGGGUUGCGAUUCUUAUGAAGUAGAGUAACAUGGACCGAGCCAAGAAUCUCAUGAACGAAAUAUGACAGACUUAAUCUAGUUCGAAUCCAAUCCAAUUCAUUCAAAUCAAAACCAAAGAAAUGAUUUCUGUUCCUAUCUCAUCUGCACUCGUUGCUGCUCCACCCUGUAAUCCAGUUCAACACCUUGAUAAAUGCUCAUCCAUGGCGGAAGUCAAGCAACUUCACUCUCAAAUCAUCCGUCUUGGCCUCUCGUCUGACAACGAUGUAAUGGGAAGAGCUAUCAAGUUUUGUGCUUUAUCGAAAUCUGGUGAUUUAGUUUAUGCCUACCAACUGUUCGAUAAAAUGCCUCACCCAGAUGCUUUUAUAUACAACAUCUUAAUCAGGGGUUAUUUGCAAUGCCAUUUAGCUAGGGAAUGCUUGAUUUUGUACUUGCGAAUGUUGAAGGGCUCUGUUUUGCCUAACAAUUUCACAUUCCCUUCCCUUGUUAGAGCUUGCUGCAUUAAUGAUUGGGUUGAGGAAGGGAGGCAAAUCCAUGCCCAUGUUGUCAAAUUUGGGUUUUUGAAUGAUGGGUUUUCUCAGAAUAAUUUGCUUUACAUGUAUGUUAGUUUUGGGUCUUUGGAGGAAGCUCGGCGAGUUUUCGAUAAAAUGCUACAAAGAGAUGUUGUCUCUUGGACUACCUUGAUUAGUGGGUAUUCUCAAUUGGGUCUUGUAAAUGAUGCUUAUGAGGUGUUUAGAUCAAUGCCUAAUAGAAAUUCGGGUGCUUGGAAUGCUAUGAUAGCUGCAUAUGUUGAGCAUAAUCAUUUUCAUGAGGCGUUUGGUUUGUUCAAUGAAAUGAGGACUGAAAAUAUAGAGUUGGAUAAGUAUGUGAUAGCUAGUAUGUUAUCUGGUUGUACAAAGUUGGGAGCUCUGGAGCAAGGAAAGUGGAUUCAUGGAUAUGUGAACAAGAAUGGAAUAGAGAUGGACACAAAACUUGCAACUACAAUAAUCGACAUGUAUUGCAAGUGUGGGUGGUUGGAGAAGGCUAUUGAAGUUUUCAUUGGGCUACCUUCAAAGGGGAUUUCCACAUGGAACUGCAUGAUUGGUGGACUAGCAAUACAUGGAAGAGGAGAAGUUGCUAUAGAGGUUUUCAAGAAUAUGGAGAAAGAGAUGAUCGCUCCUGAUAACAUCACUUUCUUGAAUGUUCUGAGUGCUUGUGCUCAUUCGGGGUUGGUUGAGACAGGACGCCAUUACUUCAAACAUAUGACUGAAGUUCAUGGACUCGAACCAAGAAUGGAGCAUUACGGGUGCAUGGUUGAUUUAUUAGGUAGAGCAGGAUUGUUGGAAGAGGCUAAAAACAUUGUUGAAGAAGAAAUGCCUAUGGAAGCUGAUGCAAGGGUUUUGGGUGCCCUUGUUGGAGCUUGUAAGAUCCAUGGAAACAUUGAGCUAGGAGAGAAAUUCGGAAAAAGAUUAAUCGAAUUGGAUCCUGAUAACAGUGGUCGAUAUGUUCUAUUAGCCAACCUCUACGCAACUGCAGGCAAAUGGGAUGAUGUUGUUAAGAUCAGGAGGUUAAUGAAUGAUAGGGGAGUGAAAAAGGCUCCAGGUUUAUCAGUGAUUGAAAUGGAAGGCAUGAUUAGUGAAUUUGUUGCAGGAGAAAGGGAUCACCCUGAAAGCAGGGAAAUAUACUCCAAACUUGAUGAGAUGUUAGAAAAAAUAAAAAGUGUUGGGUAUGUACCUAACACUGAUAUUGAAGAAGAGGAAAAGGAGAAGCCUUUGAAUCAUCAUAGUGAAAAGCUUGCCAUAGCAUUUGGGCUGUUGAAGACUAAGCCAGGUCAAACUAUUCGCAUCUCCAAGAACUUGAGAGUUUGUAGAGAUUGUCACCAAGCAAGUAAACUCAUUUCCAAGGCUUUUGAUCGUGAAAUCAUUGUCAGGGAUAGAAAUCGUUUUCACCAUUUCAGGAAUGGUCAAUGUUCUUGCAAUGAUUUCUGGUAAGAUCGAUAAUAUUUGCCUGUUUGGUUGACAGAUGACAUGACAUAUGAGAAUUACGGUCCUGUUCUUUUGGACUUUUUUGCAGUUCCAUUCAGUUCAGUUAAGCUCAGCUCCAUUAAGUUCAGUUCAGUUCAGCUCAGCUCCAUUAAGUUCAGUUCAGUUCAGUUCAGCUUCAUUCAAUUCAAUUCAGUUCAGUUCAAAAGAACGAUUCAUCUUUCUUUGUAAUUAUUUUUAUUCUUGAUAUUGCAAUUAAAAUUGACAUUUAUUACUUAUAUAUAUACUACCUCCGUUCCUUAAUGUUCUUUA